AUCAGGGCUUUCCGACCUGGUCAGCAGCGUGGUGAUCAGCAGUGAGGGGGAGAGAAACAAGGAGAGAAAAACAACAGACCCUUUCUCUUCCCUCGGCCUGCGCUGGAAGGGACGGAGCGCUUGUGCCUCUCUGCACUCUGCACAACGUGGGUCUGGAAGGUGGCAGUUAAAAGCAGGUUGGAACCCAACUACAUUCUGAAGGGCCCUCCAAACUCUGCUGACAGGGCUGCCGCAGGAUGAAACUUCAAGCAACUCGGAAGGCUGAAAGGGCAGUCGGAACAAACAAGGAGGCAGGGAGCAAAGAACCCAGGUCACAGCGGAAAAGAAUGAGGAGACAUUUCCGAGGCUAUAUCAAAAACAGAUCACAGAGUUGUAAAGAAAGAAGCAGCAGUUGGCAAGAGAUUGAGUCCCGACCGCUACAUGUCGUGCUGGGAAAUGAAGCCUGCGACUUGGACUCCAUGGUGUCCGCUCUCACCCUGGCUUUUUACCUGGCAAAGACGACCGAGGCCGAGGAAGUCUUUGUACCGGUUUUAAAUAUAAAACGUUCUGAGCUACCUCUGCGAGGUGACAGUGUCUUCUUCCUUCAGAAGAUUCACAUUCCAGAGUCCCUCCUGAUUUUCCGGGAUGAGAUCGACCUCCAUGCAUUGCACCAGGCUGGCCAGCUCACCCUCAUCCUUGUUGACCAUCAUGCCUUACCCAGAAGCGACGCAGCGCUGGAGGAGGCAGUAGCAGAAGUGAUAGACCACCGGCCCAUCGAGCAGAAGUGCUGCCCUCCCUGCCAUGUUUCCGUGGAGCUGGUGGGGUCCUGUGCCACCCUGGUGACCGAGAGGAUCCUGCAGGGGGCACCCGAGAUCUUGGACAGGCAGACGGCAGCCCUUCUGCAUGGAACAAUCAUCCUAGACUGUGUCAACAUGGACCUGAAAAUUGGAAGGGCCACCCUAAAAGACAAGAACUGUGUGGAGAAACUGGAGGCCCUCUUCCCAGAUCUGCCCGAGCGAAGCGACAUCUUUGAUUCUCUGCAAAAGGCAAAGUUCGAUGUGUCAGGACUGACCACUGAGCAGAUGCUGCGAAAGGACCAGAAGACCAUCUCCAGACAAGGCAUCAAGAUGGUCAUCAGUGCCAUCUAUAUGGAUUUGGAGGCCUUCCUGCAGAGGUCCGGCCUCAUUGCGGAUCUCCGUGCUUUCUGCCAGGCUCACAGCUGCGAUGUCCUGGUUGCCAUGACUAUCUUUUUCAACACUCACAAUGAGCCAGUGCGGCACCUGGCUAUUUUUUGUCCCCAUGCUGCACUCCGAAUGACGAUCUGUGGAGUUCUGGAACGCUCCUCCUCUCCGUCCCUGAAUCUGACCCCCGCCCCAAGUAUCCACCCUAACCUCCAAGCCUACCUUCAAGGAAACACCCAGAUCUUUCGAAAGAAACUUCUGCCUCUGCUCCAGGAAGCACUGUCAGCGUAUUCGGACUCCAAGGCCACCCCUUCAGGGCAGCAUGAGACAGCGGGUGUGUCCGGGGAGCAGGUGGACAAGGAAUUGGAUGGGGCAGGUGCCCUCCUUUUUCCCAGACUGAGCCAGGAUGAGGAGGAGCCCUCGCUGCCCCCGACGCCCAUGAACAGCUUGGUGGAUGAGUGCCCGCUGGACCAGGGGCUGCCCAAGCUCUCAGCCGAGGCCAUCUUUGAGAAAUGCAGUCAGAUCUCGCUGUCACAGUCUACCACUUCCUCCGUGUCCAAGAAGUGACAAUUGGGAGGGAAGGGGAUAGUGGAGGUUGCUCGACGCAUCUCGAAUACACGUUCUGAGACGGAUCAGCGUUUUCCUCGUUACUCCAAGACCUGGUGUGCUGUAAACCCGGGCGAGAUGGGCCAGGGGAGGGGAGUGGCUGCUGUAGGGGUGGCCCUUCCCCCCCCGGGGUCUCUACCAAUCAGAGUUUAUUAUUUAACUUAAUUUUUUAAACCUGCGCUGACUCCUCUAUUCCAUGUCGCCGGGGACACAGUGUAACUCCUCCACGGUUCCGGCAGUGACUCAAAAGGAUGUGGGCCCCAGAAGUGCCCUCAGCAAGGCUCUUUAACAGAACCAGUGUCUCUCAUGGAACCAUU